AUGCACUCCGGAAGUUUGAAGCUAUAUGCUUCCUGCAUCAUCCUGGUAGCAAUAGUCAUUCGACUCUUUACAAACAGAUAUAAACAAGGACUGGCAAACAUCCCUGGCCCAACUAUCGCAAAGUACUCCAGUCUCUGGAAGCUGCACAAUGUCUGGAAAGGAAACCAUCACCAGACUGCCCUUGACCUACACUGCAAGCACGGCUCGCUGGUCCGCAUUGGCCCAAAUCACAUCUCGGUCGGCGAUCCCAGCGCUAUCCCGAUCAUCUAUGGCUUGAACACGGGCUUUACGAAGGUGUGA